GCUCACAUGGUGUGUGUUGCACUCUGCGCUGGAUAAUUGAUCUUCAACAUUAGACCAGAGUCCGUCCCUAGACAUUCUCUGAUUAGACCAAUAUGUUCAAGAUUGAGGGCCUUGGUCCUAAAAUGGACCCAGAAGAGAUGAAAAAGAAAAUGAGGGAAGAUGUAAUUUCGUCCGUGAGGAACUUUUUGAUAUACGUCGCUCUUCUCAGAGUCACACCUUAUGUUCUUAAGAAACUGGACAGCAUAUGAAGUUGCUCUAAGAAACUGAAGUCACUCGUAUCCCAUGUUUGGACGGCACAGAAACCAGAAUCAAAUGUGCGGAGCAGCUGCAGUCAAGAUCCUGCAUAAACAUACGAGCUGAUUUGACAAACCUUAUUCAGGGCACAUCAAACUGCCCUCUGUCCGAACUAACUACAUGUUGUGAUGUGAAUACUGUUGGUUAUUUUGCCUUUUUUUUAUUUUGUAUGAGCAACUGAAUGUAAUAUUAUUUUGGAAUAUUGUAAUUACUGAUGUUCAUCUAACAGUUAUUCGCACCACUUAAACAGCCAAUUUCCUUUUUCUAUUCUCAAAGAAAAAGAAUGUCUUUAUUGUUGCAGUUUGAGAAGACUGGCUGGCCUCCUGGUCACAGCAAUAAAUUUGUGGAGCAAGAAUAA